AUGUCUUACGAAAUUCGCAUGUCCAACUCGCGCGGCUUGCCGUACUUCUUUAACACACAAACCCAGCAAUCGUCCUGGGAGGCGCCCGCCGAACUUACGAAGGAGCAAGUUGAGAUGCUUCCUGGAGCUCACCUCUUGAGUGGUGGAAAUGGUGGCGGUAGCAAGCCCUCACAUGUGCGCGCCAGUCAUCUGCUUGUGAAGCAUAAUGGCAGCCGUCGACCUUCGAGUUGGAAAGAGUCCAACAUCACCCGCUCGAGAGAAGAGGCCAUAGAGAUCUUGAAGGGAUACGAGUCCAAGAUCGGCGGUGACCCGUCCAAGUUCGCGGAGCUCGCCCAGGAGCACUCGGACUGCUCCUCGCAUAGCAACGGCGGCGAUCUCGGCAAUUUCGGUCCCGGACAGAUGCAGAAGGCUUUCGAGGACGCUACGUAUGCGCUCAAGGUCGGCGAGAUGAGCGGUGUUGUCAGCACAGACAGUGGUGUCCACCUCAUCCUUCGCACUGCGUGA